GAUAUCAUAACCGUAACUAAUUUGAUUCAUAGCCGCAUUGAUGGAGUGUAUAUAAAUAUAUUUCCAUCUCCUUGGGAACGAAUCAAGAAGCACACUUCCACAGCAAAACAUUCAAAUUCAUCAAGCACACAUACGAUUACCAACUUCCACGCAAAGUUACUCAAAGUAAUUCAAAUUAAGCACCAGAACUCACACCAUUUUAUUAUCAUAGAUCUAAUAGUCCUCACUUCUGAUUCUUGAUAUCCAAUCCACGAAGUCUCAAAUCUAAAGAAAAUGAGAUCUUCACAAGUCAGGGGUGUCCGGGACACUCAAUGUGCCUUAAAGCCAGAAGAACGAAACCCUGACUUUUCUUUCCCUCAGUGCCACGAGGAAUCUUGGUUCCCCUCACACCAGAAGACCUCACCAUCUCCUAUCAACCCAACCAGUUAUAGGUCUCAGUUUGUCGGAGAUAUUUUUCCUAGUGCUCAUGAAUAUUACCACGUACAAAAACAGCAAGAACAACAACAACGACAAGUAUCAAAGCGAGCACCGCCGUCUCCAACAGUCAGUCUUAUUUCGACAUAUGGACAAACCCCAUGGGUGAGACGCCUAAUUUGUGGGAGAAAUCGCAUCAUAGUGGUCGAGACCAUCGAGCAGCUGCGAGAAGCGAUUUGGGACCGCCAGUAUGGGCUCAACGCAAGCCAUCUGUUUCUAAACCGGCACCUCAGAAGAAGCCCAGCAGUGAAGAAGGAGGGUGCUGCUUAGUGAUGUAGGGUUCUGGAAAUGGUCUUAUGGCAUAGGUCAUUGCUGCAUUUCAUUAAGGUUCUGGCGGGGUUGUCUGG